AUGCCAUCUCCGAUAUUUUAUACGGUGACGGUCAUUCAAUGGGUGGCAGCCGUCCAGGAUCCCGCGAACCAUGUUAUAGGACCUCACUCCGUUGGCGGCCUCGGUUCCUCAUUGAAUGAGCCCGAGUUGUCUCAUGCCUUUGCUCAUCCGCUUCCGAGCUAUGUACUUGGCAAGGAUGAGCACAAAAUGGGACUAGCUCUCAAGAAAGGAGUUCCAGCUCAAGCCGCGACAUGUACGGUGGGGAAGCGUGGUAUUUUGCGUGAAGUCAAGAAUAUAGAGACCACCGCGCGCUUAUUUGACGCGAAUGUAACCAUCACCGCGCACGACCUGACUGUAAUCAGCGAAAAUAGUAAACCUUCAUCCCUGCAGCAUAUUCGUUGCGCUUUCAGCUAA